CGUGAGGGGAUAGGUGCAGACAGUGUAUAGGAUCGCACACACACACACACACACACACGCGCGCGCGCAUUACUCUCCCGCAGCCUCGCGUGGCAGAGAGUCUGAUGCCAUGACCGAGGACGCGUCCCUCCUCUGCUGAGAACCAUGCGCUGCCGGCUGACCCCUGCUGGAAUGAACCGACGGAAAGGGGCUUUCAAGGGACUCACCUGUGGAUUUGCGCCGUCACGAUGCCUUAUUUGACCAAACCUCUGAUUUUACUUCUGUGUCUGCUCGUUACCGGUGAAUGCCGUAAGCACGGCCACCGGGUGCGGAGAUGGACCGGUACCGUGGAGACCCAGAAGCAUGGCACCUCUUUGUCAAAGAAGCCUCCAGAUGUGACCAAGUCUCGCAAGAUGAAGACAGAGCAUCUGCUCAAAGUAGAUGAUCAUGACUUCACCAUGAGGCCGGCGUUUGGAGGUCCCGCAAUCCCUGUUGGAGUGGAUGUUCAGGUGGAGAGCUUGGACAGCAUCUCUGAAGUUGAUAUGGACUUCACCAUGACCCUGUACCUGAGGCACUACUGGAAGGACGAGCGCCUGUCGUUCACCAGCAGCACCAACAAGAGCAUGACGUUCGACGGUCGCCUGGUGAAGAAGAUCUGGGUCCCUGACGUCUUCUUCGUCCACUCCAAGAGGUCCUUCAUCCACGACACCACCACCGACAACAUCAUGCUGCGCGUCUUUCCUGAUGGACACGUCCUCUACAGUCUGAGGGUGACAGUAACAGCAGCCUGUAACAUGGACUUCAGCCGCUUCCCUCUGGAUUCUCAGACCUGCUCACUGGAGCUGGAGAGCUACGCCUACACAGAUGAAGACCUGAUGCUGUACUGGAAGAGCGGCGACGAGUCCCUCAGCACUGACGACCGCAUCUCCUUAUCACAGUUCCUGAUCCAGAAGUUCCACACCACGUCUCGCCUGGCCUUCUACAGCAGCACAGGCUGGUACAAUCGUCUCUACAUCAACUUCACGUUGCGACGCCACAUCUUCUUUUUCUUGCUGCAGACGUACUUUCCCGCCACCCUCAUGGUGAUGCUUUCAUGGGUGUCGUUCUGGAUCGACCGCCGGGCUGUGCCGGCCAGAGUCUCCCUGGGCAUCACCACAGUGCUGACCAUGUCCACCAUCAUCACCGGUGUGAACGCGUCCAUGCCCAGGGUGUCCUACAUCAAGGCCGUGGACAUUUACCUCUGGGUCAGCUUCGUCUUUGUCUUCUUGUCUGUGUUAGAGUACGCUGCCGUCAACUACCUGUCCACCGUCCAGGACCGCCGAGAGCGCAAGAUGAGAGAAAGGGCGCGGUCUCAGUCGCUGCCCUGCACCUGUGGUAUCUCCCAGACACGAACCAUGACCAUGUUAGACGGCACCUACAGCGAGGCGGACACCAACAGCCUGGCCGGCUACACCGAGGAGCCCAUGGUCCCCGAGGAGGAACACGAAGAGAUGCAUGAGGUUCCAGAGAAACCCGAACACAUGGUGGUCCACCUGUCAGUCAGCAGCGAGUCCACUACCACCAAGAAGAAGAAGAGCCUGCGUGGCCUCAACAUCAUCCAGAACACGCACGCCAUUGACAAAUACUCCCGGAUGAUCUUCCCUGGUUCGUACAUCUUCUUCAACCUUAUCUACUGGUCCGUCUACUGCUGAGAGACGCUCCUGAGUCAGGACUGAAGCAAGAGAGAUUAACACAGAGACAGUAUGAAUGCUGCGUCACUAUGGGAUAUUUCUGGACAAAUCAUAAGUCAUGUUGUACUGUACGUCUGGUGCUGGUAGAUCAUUAGGUUUAAGGCCUUGGACAGUAAAAGAGUCUGAAAAGAUGAGUUCUGACUUGAGGACGGUUUGGAGCACUCCUAUUUGAUUUUUUUUCCCUCAUGCAGCAAUUUGAAUGUUCAGUAACGCUCUAAACUAAAACAUAGACAGUGUUCAUCGAAAAAGUGUUUUUAAACUACUGACGCUAAUUCUCUCAGUCUUUUUCUCUUCUUCAGCUGCCGUUGAAAGGUUCUCCGUCCUCAUCACCACUCUUCCUGAGAUGAUUCCCACUCAUUUUUUGUAUUUGACACGUAACAUUGAUGGAUAAAGAUAUGGCACACUUUUUUUUGCGUGUGAUCAUGCUGUAAACUGCUCACUUAACAGGUAUCUGUAAUUAUAUUUCUUUGAAAUAAUCAUAAAGAUGGAAAUCACUAUGAUUAUAAAGAUUUUAGACCCAUUAUCUAUCGGUCAUGACUGAGUUAUAAACUGCAAUUACUGUUUCAUUUUAUCAAGGGAACAAACUUUGACCAUAUUUUUUAAGCCUGUUAUAUCAAAAUUGAUAUUAUCAGAGACUUUUAGCUCAGAGAGGGUAUAUUUAGUACUUUGAGCUAAACGUUAACACAAGAUGCUAACAUCCUCAUGCUAGCUUGUAUGCUUACCAAAUUUCCAUAAUGUUUCCCUCCACUACUGUUAUGUGAAUAUGAAUUAAAGGAGUUAUCUGUAAGUUUUGCUUUCGCUACAUAGCUAACGUUAGCAUUAACAGCUGUUUACUUAUCAGUCUAGUAGAAACGUUGUGAGUUCAGCAUCAAACUUCUUUCCUUUACUCACCAACAGCUGUCUCCAUGGGUGGGAAGAAACACCAAUGUUAACACUUGUCUCUAUCAUGUCCUUUCUUACUUACAAAUAACCCCUUGAAGCACAUUUAGAUAAACAGCUGAUGGUGCUAAUUCUCUUAGGGAACUUUAAACCACUGCAGAAGAAAAGACUACAAGAUGAUAUAAUUAAAAGAAGGCCAGUUAAACCUCAAAAGAUGGAAAUCCAUGUGGAAAAUGAUAUUUCUGUUUCAUGUAUUAAUUUGCAUUGCUCCACACGGAUCUGAUGUUUAAUAUAUUCCAAGAUGUAUUUGCUGAGUCUGUUUCCAUUGCAGUUUGUUGCUUCUAAUUUUUACUUCGUUUUUUGCUCAAACUGAUAAUGUGCAAAAACAAGUGGAUGGAAACACACUUAUACAGGGACUCCAGCAAAAAUUAUAGAGCAGAAAUAGCUUAAACUAAGACAAAAAUGUUAGGAUGAAAUAAUGAAAUUGUGAUAACAGAGAUAACAGUUUAAUUAGACAUCUUAGGAUAACUAUCCUCAAGUUGAUCUCGUGACUAAAUUUGACAACUCAUUUAUGAUCUUGAGAUAACGGGCCUAAAAAUAUUACCAGCUGUGGCCAAUCUUGACUUCUGAACUAUUUUAACAUGUAAAUCCUACUGUAUAACUGAUUUGGUCGUCAUGUUGUUGUGAUGUUCUGUAUCAAGACUACAAUGACUUUUUGAGAAAGUGUCCUCUUGGUAAACGUUUGUGGUACAACACAGCAGUGGAUUACACAAAGGGCCAUUUAAUCUUAGUCCUAGUUGCUUUAGCAUGUGACAUAGAUAUAAGAAGCGUUGGACACGAGCAGUACUUAUAAUAUCUAAGAGGUUUGUUGGCCAGUGGGACAUUUUCUCCUGAGGUCACUGUAGUGAUUUAUCCCAGUUAGCAAAGAAAAUGAACAGAAGCUAGCUUAAUGAACUGCACUGAUGAAUGCAGCCAUUCGUUCAAUAUCAUCUCAGAGAGACCGGUUCAUCUGCUCCCUGACAGAAAAGUUUAUUCCAGAUUUGGGACUCUCGAACUAACUUCUUGUCCGUCUUGGACUAAUGGAACUUCUUUUAGAAAUGAAUAUGCGUGGUGAAAUGUUAAUCACACCUCUCACAGUGUGAAAACAUGCUCGUAAUGGCUGAUUUAAUGUUUGAUGUCUUUUUGUUUUACUAAUUUAAUCUGAUAAAAAAAGUGGUGAUGAACACAGCUCCCCAGACCAACAAAAACUAUGAUUGUUCGCCAUUUGUACAUUUGUGAAUUCACCUGUGUGUGCGUUCAGAAGUGAUAAUGUUCCGCUGAGAACCAGGAUUGUUUGUUUUUUUUAAUUUCUGAAAAGCUGAAACACAUUACUGAGGUUGUCUUGCCAUGAGUAUCUGCUGCUGUACUGUUCUGGUAAAAUCUGAAUCUCAUUACGAGGCUAACAAACGAAUCAUUGUUCUAAUGAAUCAUCAAGAAGGUGCUCAGGUCUUACUGACCAGUACAUUGAUAUUUUAUAUACUAAUUUGUAUUAUUGUAUAAUUUGUAUUAUUUUUCCCCUUAGAAAGAUUGACAACAGAAAGUGUCCAUAAGAAAAUACAGUUCGGCCAGUGGAACAGAGGCUAGCUUCAGAUGGGGACAGAGGUCUGAGUCUAAAUGUGGUGGCCCAAACGAAAAAGGAAUAGGGGGAAAAACUUAAUUUCAGAAAACAUUACAUUUCACAGAGGAUAUUUUACACACAAAAUCUUAAUAAAACACUUCAGCAUUUUAGGAAACUAAACUUUUAGAAAGCAGGGUUAAUGCCUGUUAGGGGUGUCUUUCAGUUUAAUUAACUGUCCCCGUUGAAAGUGUAGCCAGGAUGUUUGAUGUAUUUAAAGUUUUAUUCACUGCCAAACUUAGCUGUUUGUUUAUUUAUUCCCUUUGAUAAUGCAUGGCCAUUUAUGCUGAGUAUUUGAUGAAAAUGAAAGAAGUUCAAUCAGCAUUAAGGAUGAGACCAACAGCAGCAGCAGCAGAAUACCUCCUCUCAUGUUUUCUGAAAUGAUGUGUUUUCUGUAAUGCUGUCAUGAGAUCGGAGAGUGGUGUCAGACUUUUGGACUCCACUUUAUGUUUAAUGUAUUGUCUAUCACCACGGACCCUCUGCGUGAUAGAGGUGGGCGUCAACUGAGCCGCCCGAGCUGUCUGGACAUGUUUUUCUGGCAUCUUGUUUUGCACCACAGGACCGCUGCACUUUACCAAAGUGAAAUGUCAAAAAAUUAGAACACCUCCGUUCUUCCAGCUGUUAUUUAAAUGUACAUGACUUGCUCCCGAGCUGCUGAAAGUUCAUUCUAAACCUUUUGACUGGUGGUGUACACCAUAACGUUUUCAUGAGGUGGUAAAAUUUGUGAAAUUAUUCCUGUAAAUUGUAAUAUUUUGGAGUCGUACAUGUUUUAAGUUAAAAGGUGAUGCACACAGUUCUUUUAGGCCCAAAAAUGCCCUUUGGAAACAAAUGGUUUAUCAUUUAAUUUAUUCUUAAAGUCAUGUCAUAUUAAAGUGGCAUUUGGAACAUACUGGUUGUUUAAAAGAAUGUAUUAUAACAAUGUAUAUAUAAGCUUUAAAAAACAUGAUUUGUAUAUUAGUGUAGCCAUUUAUAGAUCAACCAAAUUGCACUAUGUCUAAUUUAGACAAAUACAGCCAUUUGAUAGAUUCUAUCAUCUGAUGAUACAUUUAUUGAUAAUUGGGUAAAACUGAUCACAUUUGAUGUCUCCAGUGAAGCUUUAUUCAUUCACACUGUGACAGUAUGCAGAUUUAUAAAAACCUGUACCUUUUCGGAAGCUGUUUCCAUUUCGUUGAACAUGAAGGCUGUGGUUGAAAUGUACUGUAGGCCCAUCACUGUAACACAUCCAUGAGUUGCUGUUGACACUAAAGAAUGUUGCAAUGUAUUUAUGGGGAACAUUAAAUAUAAUUAUGAUGGACUAAGAA